AUGGAGACCUCGCUGUGGAAGCUGGGCAAUCCACUUCUAGCCGUCUCGCCCUGGCACUCGAAGACGUGGUUCCUCGCCCUCGCGCCACUAGGCCACGGCGCGCAAGUUGCGUCCAUGAUCGGCCUCCUCAUCGCAAGCACGCAACUCGAGACGCUAGACGAGCGCGGCCGAGUGCAGAAGCAGAUCGCCGUCGCGCCCAGCUACGUCCGAUACUGCGCUAUCAACAUUGUCCGGCUCAGUAUCCAUGUGCUGCUCGAGAGCUGGCUCGUGUACAGGCACUCGAGACGGUAUCGGCCGCAGCCUUGGUUGCUGGCGAAUGCGGAGGAGGAGGGGGUGCAGCCCGAAGUUGGCGAUGGGGUGGAUAUGGCACUGGAGUAUCUCAGGCCGAGGGAGGAGGUGGGAAGAGUGCCGACGCCGCAUCCGGAUCCGUCGCCGAGUUAUACCGUGCCGCCGCGGACUGGGGAGACGGAAUCGACCAGCGGAGGCGACGGGAGGGAGAAGGUGGACGAGGUGGCUGUCAAGAGCAUGGAAGGGCAGUUCGAGAAGCUCGAUCAGCUGGAGGUGAGGAUUGACCAGCUGGAGGAGAUGCUUGGCAAGAUGGAGAAGAAGCCCAAGUCACGGGAGGAGGCUAAGGAGGAAGAGAAGGUCGAGGACGACAAAUCCUCCAGCUCAGCCCCCGCUUCCAGCAGCUCGACCAACGCUGUCCCCGUCCUCAACACGAGUUCGGCGGACUCAGCCUCGCUCCCCCGCGCCACGACCUCGUCCAGCACCAGCUCCUCGCCCCUCAGCAGAUCCCGCCGUGCACGCUGCCUUGCCGCCCGCUCCGACUCGCCCAAGGACUCGGACGCCGCGACAGCGGAGCAGAUCCUAGCCGACCCACCAGCACAGAUCGCCGCCUUCAUCCCCUCCGCAGCCGCCGAGGCAGCCAAGCGCCGCGCCGAACGCCUCCAACGCUAUGAUUCCGCCGCGUCCAACGCCGACCUCUGGGUCUGCUGCUGGGGCUUCAUCAUGUGGGUCGUCGGCAUGAUUGUGGCCUUUCCGCCCGAACCUGCCCGUUCCCGCGCUCCCUUGGUCUUCGCAGCCACCAUGGUCAGCAUGGCCAGCAACUGGUUCACGGCGCUGGGCUUCACGGCCUGCUUCCUCCUCUGGAGCCUCGGGUACAUCAUUGUCCUGGUCGCGUGGCUCCUCUGGCACCUGGGGAUUAUCCGGGGCGCGCAGCCAGUCUUGUUCCCGCGGGCAUCUGCUAUGAAGCUCCCCAAGGAAGAGUUGGACAAGUGUCCGCUCGUCAUCUACUGCGCUGAUCCGGAGGAAGAGACGCCAGAGUGGGAAGACCUCCCUGGUCGUCCGCUAGCCCUGGGCGAGAUCGACAGGGAGAAGCUCCCCCAUCCCUUGCGCGUGCUGGGAGUGAACAAGGCAACGUGCGGCAUCUGCCACACCGAGUUCCUGCCCCCCUGCAUCGUGGAGGAACAGGAGGCGUACGAAGUGGAGGUCCUGCGCGAGCUGCCGUGCCUGCACACGUUCCACCGCGAGUGCGUCGACGAGUGGCUCCUCAACCACGCCGACACGUGCCCGUACUGUACCCAGAGCGUGCCCGCCAUGCUGAAAGAUCCGGGCAAGGCGAAAGCCGCGGAACAGGCGGAGGCGCGGGGCGAGGAGUCGGGCGAACUGGCCGAGUUGAGGCGCACGAUGAGUCGAAGGAGAAGCCAGCGGUCUAUUCGCACCAUUAGGUCUGACAGGUCGGCCGUCUCCAUCGCUUCGGCUAGGUCGAACACGUCAACGUCUGCCAAGGGCGCGGUUCGCUCCAUCGAGGCGUCGAGUGAUCCCGCAGACGCCAGCGCCAGCGGCAGUAGCAGUAGCAGUAGCAGUAGCAGCGGCAGUAGCAGUAGCAGUGGCAGCCUGCGUCCCGGCCAAGGCGUAGCAGAAAGGAAGGAGAAGACGGACACGGCCUCAAUCUCCAGCGAGGAUAGUGCGAGCACGCAGCAAUUCCACGACUCGCGCGAAGCGUCCACCCCCACGCCCGUCCCCGCAAGUCCCGCAAGUCACAGUAUGUCCCGCAACGCCUCCCUGAGCACGGCGUACGAGACGGCCGCGAGCUCGCUCGCCCUGGCGAGUAUGAGGACGGCGACGCCUUCCACUCCGAUUGACGUAGCUUGGUCUGACACACCGGCUCGAGUGGACACGCCGGGCACGCCGGGCACGCCGGGCAUGCUCGAGGCGAAGAAGAAUGAGAACGUAGAGAGGGAAUAA